UCGUGUCUGCCGUGCCGUGUCACACCACUCUCGGGAUUUUUCUGUCGGACAUGUCGCUUGAGGUUGGACGUCCCAAUGCAUUGAGGAUGCAGUGGGUUGAGGAGAAUCCUGGAGCUGCUUUCAUGGAUUUACCAAGAUGUUUAGCUUCAUGCGUUUGAGUUGUAUGAGUGCAGAGAUGCCUUGGCUGAUUAUUGAGACUAGCUGCAGCCUGAUUGGCUGGUUCUUUCUGUACGUGUUGCUGUGUCACUUGAACAGUGAUGGAGAUUACGAGUGGAACUGCAGGCUGGUGACUUUGCUCCAUGGCAUCCUGAGCGUCUGUGUGACUGCCUACAUUGGGUUCAUUGCUGGGCCAUGGCCUUUCACACACCCAGGCACUGAGAACACAUCUCUCCAGAUCCUGGCUCUUGUUCUCAGCUUGGGAUACUUCUUCUUCGACAUGGCUUGGUGCGUGCAUUUCCGCACCGAGGGUCCGGUGAUGUUGGCCCACCACACCAUGAGCAUCUUCGGAAUCCUGCUGGCGCUGGGUCUCGGCGAGUCGGGCAUCGAGACCUGCGCAGUCCUCUUCGGCAGUGAGAUCACCAACCCGCUCCUGCAGGCCCGCUGGUUCCUCAAGCGCAUGGGCCGCUACGACAGUUUAGCUGGAGAUGUGGUGGACCUGCUCUUCAUUCUUCUGUUCGCCUCUGUGAGGAUCGGGGUUGGGAGCAGAAUGCUGUACUGUGAAUUAACCUCUCCAAAGCCAUUGUUUGUAGUGAAGGUUUGUGGGGUGGCUAUUUACACUCUCUCCUGGGUCUUCAUGGUGGACAUCGCACGUUUCGCCUGCAGGAAAACUCGCACCAAAUACAGGAGAUGGAAGGAACGGUACAAGCUGGAGGAUUCUAAUGGACAUGCUGUUAAAGUGAAAUAGACCAUUCUGUGAACAAAUGGCAUAUCUGCUGAUAUAUGUAGCGAGAAGGAUUGUCUUAAAGGGAUAGUUCAGCCAAAAAUGAAAAUUCUGUCAUUAUUUGCAUUGUUAUUGUUUACCCUCAAGUUGUUCUAAGCCUGUAUUUUGAAUAGAAGAUUUUGAAGAAUAUGGGUAACCAAAUAGUUGAUGGACCCCUUUGACUUCCAUAUUAUGAAAAAAAAAAAUACUAUGGAAAUCUUCUUUUGUGAAGUAAUUCAUGCAGGUUUGUACGGAGCCCCCCUAGUCUCACUUUGGCAAAAAAAAGUAAUUGAUACUAUCUCGU